GGUGCUGACUCAGGCUGGGGAGGAGCAGGAGGCGGGCCUCUUGCUGAGCAGGACAGGCAGGAGAGCUAGUUUUAUAGGGACAGCCAAGCAGAGGUAGCAGCCAGUGGAACCGUGGGCAUUAUGCUGCGUGUUCUGAUUCUCUUCUCUGGUGUCCUGGGGGCCGCCAAGGCCAGCCCCAUCUCGGGCCCCCAGGAGUGUGCCAGGGGCUCUGAGGUAUGGUGUCAGGACCUGCAGGCAGCUGUGAGGUGUCAGGCCGUGAGGCACUGCCAGAGUGCUGUGUGGAGCAAGCCCAUAGUCCAGUCCCUGUCCUGCCGUGUGUGCCAGGAUGUGGCAGCAGCUGCUGGUAAUGGGAUGAACCCAGAUGCUACAGAGGCUGACAUUUUGGCAUCGAUAAUGAAGACCUGUGAGUGGCUUCCGAGCCCGGAAUCUUCAGCUAAGUGCAAGUGGAUGGUGGACAACCACAGGCCAGCUGUCCUGGACAUGCUCAGUGGAACCCCUGGCACUGGCCUGGCUCCGAUAUGCACUGCGCUCACCCUCUGUGAGCCACUACAGAGGUACCUAGCCACUGCCACCUCAGAGAGACCACUGACUCAGGAGGAUGCAACUGAGAUGACAUCGCCCUUCUUGUCCAACGGGGCCCUCAGCUUCCACCCAUCACAGAUGCCUGGGGGUGCCGUAUGCCAAGAUUGUAUCAAGCUGAUCUCCCGGCUCCAGGGUGCUCUAGAGUCUAACUUGACCUUUGCAGAGGUAACUGUCCAGGAUCAGUGUGAAUCCCUGGGGUCUGGCCUGGCUGACCUCUGCAAGAACUACAUCCGCCAGCAAUUUGUCCCUGCUAAGCAGACGCUGCAGAUUCUCCCCCCACAGGAGGUCUGUAGGAAUGGGGGCUUCUGUGAGGAGUGGAGAGAGCCUGCCCACCGGCUGGCUCAAGUGGCCGCUGUGAAUGGAGUCCCCUCUCUGGAGCUGGAGCUGCCGAGGAAGAAUGAGAUGCAGAUGCAGCUGGGCCUGACCUGCGAUGUGUGCUUGAACGUGAUCCAGGAGGUGGACAAAUGGCUCAUGACCAACAGCACAGAAGCCCUCAUCACCCACGCCCUAGAGCGAGUCUGUUCCAUAAUGCCCGAAUCUCUAGUGCAGCAGUGCGUCACCCUGGUGGAGACCUACAGCCCCAGCCUGGUCCAGCUUGUGAGCAGGGUCACCCCAGAGAAAGUGUGUGAGACCAUCAGGCUGUGUAACAGCAGAAGGCAGGCCAGGUCCAUCUCCAGGGCUGAGGCAACCACGCCGUCCCUGCUGGUGGAUGAAGAGAACUAUGGAAGCUUCUGCCAGGGGUGCAAAAGGAUACUGGGUGUGUCUUCCCAGAAUCUGGACCGCAAGAGCACCAAGCGGGACAUCCUGAACGCCUUCAAAGGUGGCUGCCGAGUCCUGCCGCUGCCCUACGUGCUGCAGUGCCACCGUUUCGUGGCGGAGUAUGAACCUGUGCUCAUAGAGAGCCUCAGGUUCAUGAUGGACCCCAACGACCUGUGCAAGAAGAUGGGGGCCUGCCACAGCCCCAAAGUCCCACUUCUAGGCACCGAUCAGUGUGUCAUGGGCCCCAGCUUUUGGUGCAAGAGCCCAGAGGCCGCUGAGAUGUGUGAUGCCCUGGAGCACUGCCAACGCCUUGUGUGGAAAAAGCCAGCUUCCGAAGUCAAAGAUCAGCCAUGACUGUAGCCACCAGAACCCAAAGCCUGCCAAGGCUGGUCCCACUUGCAGGCUUCUGCCUCCCAAGGAGACCCUAUGAGGUGGGUGCUAUUCCACCACCAUGUCACAGAUGAAAAUCCGAGGCUCUGGGGAGGGAGUUGGGACUGAGCGGAGCUGACAUUGGAAGCCAUGCUUUCCCAAUGCUGGACCACUUCACCUUUCUGUCUCUGCCCUCAGCACGGUCACCCCUGCCUUAAGCAGGAAGUCCUCACGCCUUCCCCAGUAAGCUGCCCUCUCCUGCCCUGCUGUGAUGCUGAUGGCCUGGAGAAAGCUGUCAGUGGCCUCCCAUGCAGGGGGAACACCCAGCUGUGAGCCAAAGCAGUGGCAGAGGGAUGGGUAGAGGGGACUGCCACUGGUCAGGCCAGUGACUUAUCAAUAGCUUGGGGUGGGGGUUGGGUGUUCUCAGGCUGGUUCCCAAUGGUGCAGUUGGGACAUGGGUGCCUCUGGACUUCUCUGAGGGAGGGCCCUGGGUUAUUGGCCACCACUCAUGAUGGGCAUUUGGACUUCAUGGCACUCCUGUCUGUGUCUUGUCCCAUCAAGUGGAAUCUGUCCUCUCCUUUGGACUCCAGCCACCCUGGUGCUAAGUAGUCUGGGGUAUGCUGAAAAUCAGGAGAACAUCCCCGAUAGGUGAGCUUCGGGGAAGGCCUGAGGGGUAUGGAAUGGCUGUGACAUGGGCCACAGCAAGAGCUCCACCCUAGGGAGCAGGCCCUUUAUCUGCAGAGCCUCAGUUUUUCUAUCUGUAGGCUGGGAGGAUCAUGCCUGCCUCACAGGGAUGUUGAGACAAUUCUAGAUGUCCUCAAGCUCCUUCCCUUGGAGACCAGAACCCUUUGACCUACCAGGAUCAUCAAAACCUCUAUCUUGGGAAUCGAUAGGGCCUCUGGGGAGUCUGACCAAGCAAGCAUUAUAUAAACCAAAAGCUUUCUCCAAA